CGGGGCCCGGACCUGCGCGCGGCCUCUUCCUCUCUGCGCACAACUGCCACGUUCCGAGCCGGUGCAUCCAUGGCACCCGACCCGCACCCGACAGCCUCUACGCACACGGGCGACGGCGCCGCAGCUCAAGCCACAGCGGGGCGAUGGGAGCCUCUUCGCCGUCGCGACUGCUCGUACCUCAUCCGCAUAUGAGACCGCGGCGGGCACGUCAAUCUCCUCGCGGGGUACUCACUCUGGCCGGCGGCGGGGAACGUCCACGCACCUUCGCCGUCACGGUCGCGGGCCCGCUCGCUUCGUGAGAGACGGCAUUUGGCUUCGCCUCGGCAGCUUUGCCGGAGGCAAGGAGAAGCGGAGCGUCCCACGUGGUACGCAUGUCGCUGUGAGACGGGCUGGUCGUCCGAUUCCUGUAGGGACUACACGUUUGUGGUCCCGCGGAGACAGGUUGCCUAGAGUGGUAUCGCGCGUUCUGUGUGCGGGUAUGCUCCUCGGUGCCGGGAGCAUCUUGGUAUCCUUGGUGUGGUGGUGGACGUCUGCGAUUGUCGACCGCUUGCUUGAUGGCUUGGAAUGAUCAGUACGGGAAGAGUUGGGACGCAUAUAGGGAAGUGCGCGUGCCCGGCAGGGAAAGGAGUAAUGUGGGCACCCUCCGAUCGAGUGGACGACUCGGUGGGACCUAGAUCAGACACACAAGGCUGAGCGGUAACCAAGAAAUCGACCAUGCAUACACCAUAAUCGUACACGAUCCCCAUAAACGUCCAGAAUACCUGUGAUGCGUCCACUUGCACAACUCUCAGCCAAACAGCCCACAGCGCAGUCAACCCCACCACGACUCACUUUUGCGUGAUCCCCCUUCAGGCCCUCAGCCCCCCGGCGCCCCUCCCCAGCCCCGGCUACUCCUGGUUCUCCAAAAACCCAACGCCCGUAUUCCGCACCUUCGUCAGAAAGUUCUCAUACCACUUCGCGACCAUCCCCAGCGGGAUCAUCACCUCCGGGCCCAUCGGGCCCGCGCCCCCCAGAAAGCUCGUCACGAAGUUGAACAGGUUCUUCACGAUCCUUUCUGCCAUGAGCGUCGCGUCCGCGGCCGGGCUGUUCGUCGUGCGCGCGACGGCGGACGGGAGCGCGGCGACCUCCUGCGCGAUCUGGGGGAGGGGCUCGACGGAGAGCCCGAGGACGGCGGUGACGGAGGUGGGGGAGGUGUCUGGCGCGGCGCCGGUGAAGACGGCGUGGGCGGUGGUGGAUUGGGCGGAGUAGGUGCCGCGCAGGCGGAAGAUCGCGGAGGGCUUCUCGUUCGAGAGCCUGUGUUACGUUGCGCGGGAGGGGCGCGUGAGCGGGGCAGGACGCGCGCGGGGCGGGAGGGGGGCACUCACAUGCCUAGGAGUUGGAAGCCUUUGCCUGGCCAGAAGAAGUGUACCGUCGCGCCGUAGCCGUCGGGGAAGGGCACUGUGCCGAGCAGGAAGACACAUAUGUGGUUGAUGGACCCAGCAGCGGGCAGCUCGAAGAUCGCGUGCGUGUCGUCGAUCUGCUGCAGGUUGGUCUGCAGAGGGCGGCCGGCGACUAGGCAUCCAAACAUGAUCGUUAAGGAUUUUCAGAGGAAGAUCGUGCGCUAUCAGGGCUCGAGAGGUAUCCAAGAGUCAGUGAUGAGGCGGCAGCGGUAGAUAUGAAGGCGGGGGCGGUGGGGAGAAGGACGGCGCAGGGGCGUUCGAGGACGUUCGGGGCUCGUCGCGAAUAUUGAGGUUGGGCGCGUGGAGCGCGACGCUGGCCGCUUUAGGCACGCCCGCCCCGACAAGGCGUCUAUCCUGCAGGACACGGUCAUGUGCCUGUGGACACGCAGAGACGCGCAUUUGAUUAAUGUCGAACGGAGUCAAAAGUUUCAGCAGUCAUUUGACAUACACACGGUGUGUGCUCUGCCUCGCCCUCAGCACCUAUACGUAUACGACUCCGAGACAGUAGCGGGUUUCCAGUCAACUGGCCAUUGCGACCAAUUCUAGUGGUCUUUGGGGUGAUUAUUCUCAGGAUAGAUCUCCCUCCUGCACUCAGACGCUUGCCAUAUACACCAUAGCGAGCUCUUCGGGCAGCACAAGCUCGUCGCCCUUGCAUUCUGCCGACGAGUCUGCGAGAGCCCUUCAGUGAAGUUCGAUCGAUGCUGAAGACGAGCGCCUAGCACCGCGGAUCGACCGGAAGGCUCGAAAUGGCUGAGCGCCGAUCGCCUAUUUUACGUCGCGCGCUGCGGGGUGACUCGCGUCCACCGUCGAGGGCAGCGUCCAAGCGACCGCCAGCUCACCUCCUCCUUCGCACUACCAUCCCAGCGCGGCCAGCGGAGACACCCAUCGAUAGCGAUCUCCCCCAUCGCCGGGCGUCCACAGUCUGUCCCCAGUUGUCAGAACACACGCUCAGCCGUCUCUCAUGAUCAGCCUCGCGUCUCGCCGUGUACAUUAUAACACCCUUUCCUUCCGCCUGACCCGCGCAGCACACCCCUCUCGCUCCUCCCCCUUCUCCUCCUCUGCUUCCGCCAUGCGCUCGCUCACCGCCGCCGACCUCAACCCCUCCGUCGCCAAUGUCCACUACGCCGUCCGCGGCGAGCUCGCCAUCAAGGCCGAGGAGCACCGCGAGAAGCUCGCCGCGGGCCACAAGCACCUCCCCUUCGACAAGGUCAUUUCCUCCAACAUCGGCAACCCCCAGCAAAAGGGCCUCGACCAGCCCCCUCUCACCUUCCCUCGACAGGUCGCCGCGCUCUUAGAGUACCCUCCGCUGGUAGACCUCGUGCGGGGCAAGUGGCCCCAGGACGUCAUCGACCGCGCCAAGGAGCUGCAGGAGGAGAUCGGGUCCAUAGGCGCGUACUCGCACAGUAAAGGAGUUCCGCUCAUCCGCAAGAGCGUCGCAAAGUUCAUCCAAGAGCGCGACGGCUACCCCAGUGACCCCGAAAACAUCUUCCUGACCACAGGCGCGUCCGCGGGGGUCUCGCUCAUCCUCAACGUCCUCAUCACGCCCAACGUCACCGGCGUGCUCAUCCCUAUCCCCCAAUACCCGCUCUACACCGCGACGCUCGCUCAGUUCUCCGGCGUCCCCCUGCCCUAUCACCUGUCCGAGUCCGACGACUGGUCGACGUCAUUGGACGAGAUCCGCGCUGCGCUGCGCAAAGCGGAGGCGCACGGCUCGCACGUCGUCCCCCGCGCGCUCGUCGUCAUCAACCCGGGCAACCCCACCGGCGCGAUCCUCGACAAGCGCACGAUGGAGGACGUCGUCCGGCUCUGCGAGGAGCACUCGCUCGUCCUCCUCGCCGACGAGGUCUACCAGGCGAACCUCCACCGCCCGGACACGCACCCGUUCCACUCGUUCAAGCAGGUCGUGCGCGACCUCCGCUCGCCCGUCCCCCUCUUCUCCUUCCACUCGAUCUCCAAGGGCGUCUUCGGCGAGUGCGGCCGGCGCGGCGGCUACUUCGAGUGCACGAACAUCCCCGACGACGUCCGCGCCGUCCUCUACAAGAUGGCGUCCGUCUCGCUCUGCCCCCCGCUCUCCGGCCAGGUCGGCGUCGACUGCCUCGUGCGCCCCCCGAAGCCCGGCCAGCCUUCGUACGAGCUCUACGCGCGCGAGACGGACGCGAUCCACGCCGCGCUCCGGCACCGCACGCGGCUCUCCGCCGCGCGCCUGAACGCGCUCCCGGGCGUGUCGUGCGUCGACUCGCCCGGGGCGCUCUACCUGUACCCGAAGAUCGAGCUGCCGCAAAAGGCGGUCGAGGAGGCCGCGCGGCAGGGCAAGGCGCCCGACGCGCUGUACGCGCUCGAGCUGCUCGACGCGACGGGCAUCUGCGUCGUGCCCGGGUCCGGGUUCGGGCAGAAGGACGGCGAGAGCCACUAUCGGCUCACGUGCCUGUGUCCGGGCGUGGAGGAGUACGUGGGCAAGCUCGAGAGCUUCCACUUGAAGUUCCUCGAAAAGUAUGGGGGCCUGUGAGCGGGUGGCGGGGGUGUCGUCUGUCUGGAUCAUUUAGGUCGGGAGGGAGGGAAGGGGGCUGGGAGGUCGCCGUCGCUCUUGGUUUCUCGAUGUAUUGAUACAUGCUAUUGCCGUUUGGGUCGUCGGUCGUUGCUGCGCGCGCGCGUGCGCGUGUGUGCAACGGCGUACUAAGAUGGAAAUACUGCACCCUCCGGGGCAUACCUGUCGCACAAGAUGUCAUUGGACCCUAGCUCGAGGCUGAAUCCACCGCCCAUGCAGAGUCCAUUGAGUGCCCGGACCGACCGCGCGGUCGACGAUCGACAGGCAAGGGACCCAUCAAAACUUCGAGGACGUCCUGGCCAGUCCAAUCGCCCCCCGCAUCGUGACCGUGCUCCGAGAGCCUGUCUGGCUUAUCCUGAACCUACCCGGGCGGGCAUGCAGCGUUCCUGACUUCGUGCUGUUGAGGCCGAGUCCGUACGCUUCGAUCGACCACCGGCUUCUUUGUGGUAGAGUUGGAGGCAUGCACGCAAGGAAAACAGACAUAAAUCCGAUUCGCGUCUACCGAAACUUUCGCGUGUCCGCGUCGGGUGCUACCGUAACACAAACUGUAUCAACUUCGCGAUAGGAGGAACGCAGAGAAGCGGGCGGGUGACCUCGACAGAGCAUGGUUGCACCAGGCCUCAGGAGCUAUAAGUGGAUGGGUGUCGGAGACGAGAGAAGGAGACGGUAGAAGUAGACGGAACAGAGAGGAUGCGAAGCGGAGAGGCUUAGAAGCGGGCGCAGAUCACCUCGACGCGUAUCGCGGGAACGGUCUACACAGCACGAAAUAUCUGGGUUUGCUCGAACAGUGAGGAAGAUGCGAAGCAAGGCUGCGUAUGCGUACACCUAGUACUGACUAGUAGCGGCGGCCCUGGGUCUGAGCCGCAGAAUGAUACUCAACAGAAGCGGAACUGGAACCCGGAACUGAACCUGAGCCUCGAGUCCGAUAUUCGUUAUGGUCAGAGCCACGACGAUUUGAAUGCGCGCCGGAAGAAGACCCGGUGGGUACGUUCGUACUCAGAUUCCCCAUCGACACGCAGCACGAACCCACCUCCGACCCAGACGGAGCACCGCGCUGCGCAGCAGAGCCUUCCGUCAGAUCUCCGAACGACGCGGGGGAAGACGAAGAGGUCGAAGGGUGCGGCGACGAUUUUGACGACGAGGAAGACGCGCGACUGAGCGGCGUCCUGGGGACUGCGAGCGUGGGGGAGAGCCAAGUUCCUUCUGCGAAGCGCGGCGCGUUCGGAGGAGCCAGGUUCGCUCGUGAGCUGGGGCCAGCCGCUGGGCCAGGACCAGUCGCGGGCGAUCGCGCAGGCGAGGACGCUCCGCCGCCACAGCAAGGUGCGCGCUCGCCAGAGACGGCGAACGUCAACGUGCGCCCGGACGCGCUGUCGAAGCGAUCCGCAUCGCACCUGCACAUGCCCGGAGGACACCUGCAUUGGCCGCCGCAGCACUCUUCGUUGAUCGUAGGCGUCUGCUGCACAGGCCCGUUCUGCAUCUCGUUCCACAUUCCGUACGUCUGCAACAUAGAGGGGUCGUAGCGGAGGUCGGGUUGGCUUUGGUCGGGAGAGAAGAUGGGGGAUUGCAUGGUCGGGGAUGUUAUGUCCGGCAUGGAGGGCACCUGGCGGAGCCAAUCGUCGACGUUUUGCAUACCGGACGGGUCGUACAUCGCGCGCGCAUUGCCUGUUGCGAGUGCGGCUAGAAUGUUAAUGUUGCACUCGACACAGGCGACGCAAUUGUUCGGGUUAGCGCAGGCGGCCGUAAGGUCCGCGUUCGGACCGUUGUGCUCUAAGCAACCGGGACAGGCGCACGAGGGUCCACAACCGCAAGCAGGAGGGGAAGAUAGGGGCGACGUUUCUAAAGGCGAGCCCUCCGCACCGGGAGGCCACGCGCCAAAAGAUGAGGCGGUAUUCGAAGCGGUAUUGAGGAGACCUUGGACGUUGAAAGGAUUCCCCUCGUUCAUGGAAGGGUAGCCGGUGGCAUGGGAGUACUCAUAGGCGCGACUGUAGGGGCUGUAGAACGACUGGCCAUGGGUAGGCAGACGGCCGCUUUGGGUAAGAGACGGACUGUGCGAGGUGCGGGGAGGGGAGCUGGGACGCUCAGCGGCAGGUUUGGGGAGAACCGGACGGUUGCCCCCUGCGUGAGCGUGAACGACGAGUGCGGCAGGUUGCGAUAUAACCCCAUCCACAGAGGUAGAGAUAGGGCGCGCUUCAGAAUUCCGACGUUCGUGUGGCUUCGCAGGACGUUUGCCGCGAUUACGUGGUGUCCAACAUGUGCACGUCGCGCCAUCCUUGCAAGAACAGCCACGACCUAGCAUCGAGGUUAAAUUUGGAGGGCUAUCCUGCGCUCGCAGUAGACUUACUGCUUUGGUCUGAGUCGGAGCCUUCUGAAAAGAGUUGGGACGCAACCGACGCUUCCAGCAGGUCUUCGGGCAAACCGCUGGGAAACGCGGCGCGAGCCGGAAGCUUUGGUCCACCUAGAGCGCAGCAGACCAGAGCAGCCUUUGCUGCCAGAAGGGCCUGGCACCUCUUCGCUGGCCUCCUUGUUUUCACAGACGCAUUUGACGUGUAUUUGGCGUGUCUUACGAAGCUCGCGACAGUGCUCACACUGGGUGACAGGUCGACCCUUCUUCUUGAUCUCGAACAGAGGACGGUCGGUAUGUUUGCAGGAGGAUGAGCGGUGGCCUUUGAUACAAGUCUCACAGGCGUACUUCUUGUCGGCGACGAAGACCUGGGAAAGGAAGGGACGUGCUCAAUAACACAAGCCUCAUAUGAGGCGAGUGCCACCACCCACCAUGGUCGUCGAUGCGACUGCGGGAGGUGGAUUUGCAGGUAAGGUUGAGGGG